AUGUCGGCCUCGGGGGCAAAGCUUGCACUAGGCGAUAUUGACAAGGCAGGAUUAGAUGAGACCGCGAAGCUAUGCGGCACUGAACCACUGGUCCAAAUCGUGGAUGUGGCUUCAUCCGAAGCAUGCAGUAAAUUCGUGGAUUCGACUGUCGAGUCUCUAGGCCGUAUCGACUUUGUGUUCAACUGCGCUGGCGUCAAUCCUACCUCGCUCGCUCUGACCGACACUUCUGACGAAUAUUGGGAUAAGCUUGUCAACACGAAUCUGAAAGGGACGUACAGUAUAACGAGGGCUGCAAUCCCGCAUCUACAACCCGGUGCCUCGAUCGUCAACGUGAGUUCGAUCAUGGGUCUGACGGCGGCUAAAGGUUUUGCAAUAUACAAUGCCACCAAAUUCGGUAUAAUUGGCUUCACAAAGUCGAUGGCGUUAGAGCUUGGAUCGAGCCAGAUCAGAGUCAAUGCGAUAGCGCCUGGCUACAUCGACACACCUUCAAACGCUGGUGUUGUCGCCGGACCAGAGGCGGUUAAGAAACAGGAAGCUCAAGUCAGCAUGGGAAGGAUGGGCACUCCUGCUGAAGUGGCGGACGUUGUGGCAUUCUUGUUCGGUCUUGCGAGAGAUCUGCUCGCAUCCGAGAGGACCUUCCUCGCCUGGACUCGCACCGGUCUCGGCUUCAUUGCACUCGGCGUCGCUCUGGAGAAAGUCGAAGCGUUCGCAGCCAUCUCGCCCACGCUGCUCCACCUGGAAGACAGUCGGACGAAGAUUGCCGCGGGCUUCCUGGUCGCCAGUGGCUCGGCCUGCGUUGGGCAUGGUCUCAUUCGAUACUACCGGGUGAUGCGGCAGCUCCAAAGAGGCGUGUUCCAGCCCAACGUAUCUGGCGUGAAUUUGGUGGCCGCAACCAGCAUUGCGAUUGCCUUCGCUGGUACGCUUCUGGUCAUAGAAAACGAGGCGAGUCGGAGCAAGUCGUUGGUAGAAGAGCAGGAUAAGCAACCCACGAAAAAGUGA